UCCUCUUUUACUUUUUCCUCUAUCUCCCUUACUUUCUGUUCUACAUUUGUAUCUCUCCCAUUUCCCUCCGACAUUCCUAACUGCUUUAUUCUGCAUUCCAUCUCUUUCAUUCUAUUUUCCAACUGCCUUACUUCCUUAUCCCGUUGAUUUUCUCUGUUCUUUAUUUCUCUCCCUAAUCUCCUGCAUUUAUUCCGCCCUUUUUUCCUCAUUCCUUUGCAUGCCCGCUUUUAUAUCUCUUACUUCUGCCACUUGCUGAGCUGUCACCUUUAGGAUUCCCUCACUACAUGCUUUUGUAUUUGUUCCAAUUCGGUUUUCCGCCCUCCCCCUUUCCUCUCUUUCCCUACUUCCUAAUUCCAUCUCUGUUCUAAUUAUAUUCCUAAAUUUACCCAACGUUCCUGUUCCCGCUCUUAGUGCCUUCUCCGCCUUUGUCGGCCGCCCUCUCUUUGUCCUUCUCAACUCCGUCCUUCCUUUUCCCAGCGUUCCUACCUACCGAUCUCUUAUUACAAUUUCGAAAUUUCUAGUUCGGAAUUCUGCCCACCGUUACCUAUUUUCGCCUUGCGUCCAAACCUUCAAACUUUCUGUCCUUUAAACGACUGCCUUAUACCCUUUUUGUCCUUUAUCCUAUUCCCCUCCCUUAUUUCCCCUUACUCUUAACACUUAUCUACUGUGUAUAACCACACACAUCACUUAUCGUAUUCCUUUAUUUCUAAUACAAAUCACGUUUUCACAUUCUUCUCACUCGCAUACCACGAUCACGCUUUCACGCCACCUAACCAAGUCCUCAAUAUAGAACAUAUACAGGGUGUUAACAAAUAUGUAGGACAUUUUUUAAGGAUCAAGUCUUCAUACCAGUACAAUCGAAAAGUCUGUUACCAUUUUGCGAUCUGAGGCUUCAUUGUUGAGAUAUAAGCGAUUGAAAUUUACAGGCGGACUUCCUGCGCGGGUUGUUUAAAUCCCUGUCAGCUGAACGUGUGGUCGCACAUGGACGCAUUCACAUCACGUCACAUCGGAGGAAUGAAACAAGAUGGUAAAAGUGAACUUCAAUUUUGCAGUGAGAAAUGUUUGAAUCAGUAUAAAAUGAAUAUUUUUUGCCACGAAACACAAACUCAUUUAAUGCUUCACGGUUUAAACAAUGUGUCUUGCCACGAAGCGGAAAAGGCUAACUUAAUAACACCAGAACUUUGGUUUCGAAGUUGUCAGUCGCCACUGAAUAGCCCAACAGAAGACACAUAUAUAGGAAACGAACACGUAACCCCAACUUUGUUACCACCCCCUCAUGACCGAGAGGAGGAAACAGAACAAACCGAGAUUGAGAGAUCAGUGGAAUCAAAUCGAAAAGCGACGAGAAAACGGAACUCAUUUUGCAUUCGAAUAUGUACCAAAGCCAACGAAAAGAACACGAAUUUUCGCACAGAAAUAAAUAAAAACGAUGACAAUGAUAUAAAAGAACCGAUACUGACAAUAGAAGAAAACGAGUUCUGUCAAUUCAUAAAUAAUCAAAAUCAUUGCGAGGUGAGAUGUACAGAAGAAACUGCCCCGAGCAGGAAGAAUUUUAAAAAGUAUCACAGAUUGACAGAUGUUAUAGAUGGCGACCCAUACGAUUGUCAGCAGAGUGAUAAUACAUUUCUUGAAAAAAACAUAUACGUAAAAAAUAUCAAGGAUUUGCAAGAAGUGAGAGAGCGUGAUCCACUAGAAAAUGUAUUAAGAUCAUCGACUUUGUUUUCUAAUUCCACUGCGUCUGCAAUUCAAUGCGAGAAUCCAUUUGUAGUUAAAUCCUUCGGGUAUGAAUCUAAUCGAACAAAGUAUAAAAAACAAACUAGGGCGUCUUUGCAAGGAUUUUCUCCUGUACGCUCCAAUCAAGCCGAAUCCUCCGUUCCAUUGUCGACAACUCUUUUACCUCCUGUCACAAUCCUUGUACCGUAUCCCAUACCUGUGCCUAUACCAAUUCCUAUUCCUAUUCCUAUAACAAGUCCAAUUCCUAGUAAGGUAAUGUCCAGCGAACAGGAAGUUUCUCUAACACCCAAAGACACGAAAUGUGAAAAUUUGAAAUACAAUGAUUCAAUAAAAAGCAAAUGUUCCGUGACACAUGAAUCACAAUUGUGUAUAAAUGCAAACGUAUCGACGAUGGAGAGCUCGCAACAUUCAACUUCAGCGAAACUUUCUUUAACAUUGUCACCUCCUAGCAAUAACAUCAUGAACAACGAUAACGCGUAUUCGUUAAAACAUAAUACAAAAUUCUCAAGAAAACGGAACCGUUCAAAUGAAACCAUUAAUCGCGAGCACGAAGAUCUUCAGUUGAAGAAAAGGAAUAAAUUCAUAACAGCUUAAGGAAAAGACAACUUUUAAAUAAAUAUUUUUUGAUAAGAUAUAUAUAAAUUAAGCGAACAUUCUUUUCCAUAUACGAUAAAUAAUUUAAACAUAUAAGCUAUAUUUUUUAUAGCAAUUGAAUAUUUAAUGAAACGCGAUAAUUUUAUUGUUUCAAUGAAAUAAAAUUAUAUUUUGCAAUUACAACAUAACUUAUUAAUAAUUCCUAUCAAAUUAUACUUAUCGGUGCAAGGAGCAAUUUCAACAGUUGGUGUUUGCCACCCUUGAAAGACGUGAGAUUGCGCCGGCGAAUAAAGCCGUGUUUCCACACUCGAGAAAAGUCAAGGAAGUCUUGCAGAAGAUAUUUGCAACGCCGUUUACACUAACAGGCAACUUUCCGCAACAUAAGUGUCGCGCGAGAGACUGUCGGAGAAUACUGUCGCAACUUCUUGCAGGCCUGUAUACACAGGGUAGUUUGACCUGUCGGAAGAUUUCUCGCGUCAGUUUAGUUUUAAACGCCAUGCUGAGUCGACGUGAACGUGUAGCACCAGCAAUAAUGUUAUUACUUAGUAAAAAAAAGAAAAAAAGAUCUAUUUGGGUCUGACAAUGGAUCUCGAUACGGCCCGAAUACGGUUGUUUCCAAAAUUUUUAUUUAUUAUUUAUUUUAUUUUAUUUUUUCAUUAUUUAUUUAUUAUUUUCCAGAUGUACUAGUCCGCUAACUUCGACCGGUAACACGUUCGACUAAUAAAAUACUUUGCGAGCACCCUUUGGAUGGAUCCAAGGCCUGUUGGUGCUCGCGACCGGAAUAAGAAGACAGUGAGAAGAAGGCGAUCGGUUUGAUCGCCUGUCAAGCUGUCAUAUUCGAACAAGACGCCAUUGAAUGCUGACGUUCCGAAACUAAGAACACAUUUAAUUACCUUUGUUGAGAUUUGUAUUGUACACACCCUGUUAUAUAUUAAAGUUACUCGUUAAUCCUUAAAGUUCUCGUUAUGCCAAACACAAAACGUAACAUUGGUGUCAGAAGUGGUAUGCCCACUCGUAGUGGUCGCAUUUUCGCGAUCUCCGCGGAACCUUUUCCUCAAUCGACGCCCGAGCCUUCCCUGCGGGAGAUGUUCAGCGAUCUCCAGCGGAUCAUCGUUGGACAGAUGCAGGAGCAACGAAGGGAGGAUGAAGCUCAGAGGAGGGAGAAAGACGCAGAGGACCGGCGGAUACAGGCGGCCUUCGAGACACAACUGACCAGCAUCGAGGAACGUUUUCAGGUCGUAUCUGUUCCAAUAGAAAACAGCCAUUGUUCGGCUAGUGGCGACACGAACCCUCGGGCUGGGGAAACAGUACCGGUUACAGAGAGUGUUAAUUGUGUAAAUAGUAUUCACCCGGCAGUGACCCCUGUCGUCGGGACGCCCGCCGCCUCCCCGUUGUUAGAUCGACCCCGCGUGUUUAACUUGGGGUACGGAGUAAAACCGACCAUCUUUGACGGGAAAGCUUCGUGAGAAGAGUAUAAAAUUCAAUUUGAGAUCAUCACACGCGCUAACGGGUGGAGUAACAGGGAAAAGGCUACUGCCUUGAUCACGUCUCUAGGAGGGUCGGCGAGGAGCGUCCUCACGACUCUCCCCAGUGUGAAAAUUUCGUAGAUCUUGUUUCGGUGCUUGAAUUUCGCAACGGAGCAAAAAAUCUCUCAAAGUUGAACUAUGUCCUUUUCCAAAGCCAUAAACAGCGGAGAGAUGAGAGCAUCUCCUCGCUCGCCGCGAAGAUAGAACGUUUAGCUCAAUCCGCGUUUGCCGAUUGCCCGGCGGAGACCCGCGAUAAACUCGCCGCCUCUCAAUUUGUAUCAGCGUUGUCGAGCUCUGAUAUGCAGCGGGAACUGCGACUCGGCAGGUUUACAUCUCUAAGAGCCGCCGUCACCUGAGCUCUCGAAAUCGAGGCCGUCGAGGCAAUGUCGCGUAGUUCCACGGUUGAGUCACGAGAAAGAUUCCCAGAGAAACGGAAGGCUAAACCCUUUAAUUAUUUUACAAGUUUUCCGAAAAAGAGGAGUAAGCCCAACAGACCUGAAGAACGCAUCAACGACGCGUCGAGGAUCACCUGCUGGCUUUGUGGCAAGACCGGACACCUGCAAAAGGAUUGCUACAAGGCCAAGAACGGUCAGGCAUGAGCAACAGCUUCGAGGAAACCUUUUCAGGGAAACGGGAAGAGGACGGCGUAAAGGGGAGACGCCGGACUAGGAGCAGCAGUCCCCGGGUCGUCAAGAGUACGGCGAUCCAGGAGGCGAUUGGAGGUGAGGAAAUUCCAAAGAAGGAGAUGUACGUAUGUGGAAAAAUUAGCGGAAAGCCCUGUAGAAUUAUUUUUGUCACGAGUUCUCCCGUUAAUCUUUUGGAGCAAGAAUUAUGUCCAUCGAAGAACAUCAUACGGACAAGACUUGACAUUCGUUCCACUACUGGCAAGAAAAUUAAGGUCUACGGGAAGGAGAGUUUGGAAGUUGACAUUGGAGGAUUUUCGACCGUAGAAGACUUUUACAUCGUCGACAUGGUGGAGAAGGGCAUCCUGGGAACAGCCUUUUUGAGGAAACACCGUUGCAUCAUUGAUUUGUCCCAGAAUCUUCCCGGCAAGCCGAAGAUUCACCUGAGCGAACCGGCCGUCGAGAAGAAGAAACCGGAGAAGGAGAAGGAAGCGAUCAUUCCACAGCAUUUGGAGGAGCUGUACACCCGUUGCUCUUCAGGUUUGUCAGAAGGAUAACAGAAACUAUUUGCUGAGCUACUUUGUGAAUUUCAGAAUGUUUUUGCGGUGAAUUUGAAUCAGCUCGGAAACUGCGACAGGGUGAAGCACAUCAUCAACACAGGAGACUGCUCGCCCAUAAAACAAGCCCCGCGGAGAUUGCCUAUCGUUGAUAUACAUCGUCGAAUGAAAGUGCACAAGUUGGUCAAGAAAAUGAUCGCCCAAGGCGUACUCGAGGAAUCACGGAGCCCGUGGUCUUCUCCCAUCAUCCUUGUGUAGAAGAAGGAUGGAAGUUUGCGAUUCUGCGUAGAUUUUCGACGACUGAACGAGAUCACGAAAAAGGACUCGUACCCCCUUCCCCGCAUCGAGGAUACCCUGGACGCACUCGCUGGAUCAUCGUGGUUUUCUACCGUAAACUUGCAGAGCGGAUACUGGCAGAUCUCUAUGGACGAGAAGGAUCGGGAAAAAACUGCUUUUUCGGUAGGAACAGGACUGUGGCAGUUCAAUGUGAUGCCCUUUGGAUUAUGUAACGCCCCUGCAAGUUUCGAACGUCUGAUGGAGGAACUACUUCAAAAUGUAACUUGGAAGAUUUGUCUAGUAUAUUUAGACGACAUCAUUAUCUACGAAACUGAUUUCGAGCAAGAGCUCGAACGCCUCCGAACAGUGUUCUCACGUCUACGUCAGGCCGGACUAUUAAUGAGCCCCAAAAAAUGCUCUUUCUUCUGUCGGAAAGUGAAGUAUCUGGGACACAUCGUCAGCGAGAGUAGAGUCAAGACGGAUCCAGAAAAGAUCAAGGCAAUUUCGAAAUGGCCAAAGCCGAAGAAUAUUACGGAAUUGAGAAGUUUCUUAGGAUUGUGCACUUAUUACAGGAAAUUUGUAAAGGAUUUCUCCAGGAUCGCCAAGCCUCUGCAUCGCCUCACCGAGGCCAAACAGAAUUUUCUCUGGACCGAAGAUUGCCAAGAAGUUUUCCAGGAAUUGAAGAGGAGACUGUCUGGGACCCCGGUCUUAGCCAGUCCUCGACCCAGCAGUCGAGAAGGAUUUUAUUCUGGACACGAACGUUUCUAAUUUCGCUAUAGGAGGCGUCCUUUCCCAGAAACAUGAAGGACAGGAAAAGGUCGUGGCUUAUUUUUCCAAAACCUUAGGGAAGGCGGAGAGGAACUACUGUGUCACCCGAAGAGAAUUACUGGCAGUGGUAAAAUCUAUUGAACGUUUCUGUCCGAUCCAGUGUCCAGCAAGGCGCGGACUUCCAGAAGUUCCGCAGAAUGCGCCUCCACUUUCACCUUGGCCGUCGCGAGGAGAGCUGUGGGUCGCACUGAAGCAGAGCACGCGAAGGACGAUGCCACAUUUUGAAGGUCGGCGUCCGGAGUUGACGAAGUCGACGGUUCCUCCUCCCGCUGCGUCGCGUUCGUUGACAGAACUGCCAUCGCCUCGUGGAGCAGCGUGUGAUGUCGUUUGCUACACAGUAAGCAAACUCGAACGGACGGGCACUUCGCGACAUCAUGACCCACGGUUAGACAAUUGGAACACGCUUUCAACUGUUGAGCUCGUUCCUUCCUUUUCUGUGAAGACAACGAUUUAAAUUUCGGACAAUAUGAAAAGUUAUGAUUCCCGUAGCACGUAGGACACUUCCGAGACGCGGUACUUUUCGUUGAUGCAGCGAAGACUGCAGCGUUCCUUUCCUUCAAGGACGCUUCAUUUUUUAUUUUAGGCGGUGCAUUCCUUGACGGUACAGGGUGCAACACCAGGUCGCUCGUGAGGGCGGGAUCCAGCGCCUGGAUGCGGUUUUCCAGGAAUGAAGACAGUUGUUCGAAGGACGGCACGUCGCGCGUAUUCGUGAGAGAGGUCUCCCAAGCAAGUUCCGCGGCGGACUGUUGUUGCGCGGGGGACGUGAGAGAAGGGCGCGAUGAUGCGAGAAAGACAAGAGGCGCAAAUUUCCAUAUCGCUUUUCGAGAUCCUUCCACGCUCUUUGGUACCCGACCUGGGUGAGAGAGGUAUUCCUGAUGACCUCCGCUGCUUCGCCGGUCAAAGCCGACUCGAGAGCAUCUCCAGAGAACGUGGGCAAUUAGAUUUUUGGCAAUUGCACCCUUUCAUCUGGGUCGGAAAGUACCUGCUCUUUACCCGACGGGCCCGCGGUGGUCGAGUCCGAAAGACACUGCGCGAUCUUCGAAGCUACGUCAAGGUUGGUCCAAAAACGUUGAAUCCAACGUCCGAGUUUAAGGUGCUCCCGUAAAAUAUCAGCAAAGGAUACGAGACUCAUCGCGGACCGUUUCCACGAAUCGGGCCGUUUCCAGAAAACGUUACGAGAAGCGACGGUUCACGGUUCAAACGGUUCCGAUGUUCGUUUGCAAACACUGGCGCGACCGCGACGGACCAUACCCGUAGUUUGUAAUCGUUAGCGAGAAUUUGAACAAACCAGUCAGUCUGCCGAUGAUGGAUCACUUCACUGUUCACCCACGUCACAAGAGAAGAAAAAACUGUUCGAGUACACGAUCCGGCUCGAAGGACCAGAAUGUUCGUUCGAUAUCGUCCCGCGGCCUUUUCUGGGAUUAGCUUACGAACGGGAGAAGAAAAAUAACCUGCCCGAAUCGUGGUUUUACCGAAGCAAGUGUUAUUGCUUCCGUGGUGAAACUGUACUAUAAUUAUUAUACAAUAAAAUUAUA